AUGUAGCUCCGCCCCUCCCUGUGUCGUCAUCGGUCGCUGGUUGUACUCUGAGCAUGUGUGUGUAGCUGGUAGAGCUCAGCCGUUAGCAUCCAGAGAUCCAGAGACAUUUAGAGAUGGCCGCAGACAAACAGAACGACGCUAAACUCUCCUCCACGGGAGCGAAUAAAGAAAACGGAGGACUCGGACUGGAAAUUUUGCAAAUAAUCAAGGAGUCCCAGCAGCAGCAUGGCCUCAGACACGGAGACUACCAGAGAUACAGGGGUUACUGCUCCCGCAGACUACGACGCCUGCGCAAGACUCUUGGCUUCAGGAUGGGCAACCGACACAAGUUCAUUGGGAAGAAAAUAACGGUCGAAAUGCUCUCUGACAGCAGGUAUCUGUUGCUGGUUUUGAUGGAGGCAGAGCGUGCAUGGAGUUACGCCAUGCAGCUGAAGCAGGAGGCCAACACAGAGCCGCGUAAGCGCUUCCACCUGCUGGCACGACUACGUAAGGCUGCCAAGCACAGUGAGAAGCUGGAGAAGCUCUGUGAGAGCCCCCGCGUCGACGCCAAGACCAAACUUGAGGCGCAGGCGUACACUGCAUACCUGACUGGUAUGGUGGAGUUUGAACUGCAGGAGUGGAAGCUCGCCAUGGAGGCCUUCAACAAGUGCAAGACCAUCUAUGAGAAGCUGGCCAGUGCUUUCACUGAGGAGCUGGCAGUCCUGUACCGCCAGCGUGUGGACGAGAUAUCACCCAACAUCCGCUACUGUGCUUACAACAUUGGUGACCAGAACGCCAUCAAUGACUUGAUGCAGAUGAGAUUGACUGGUGGAGGAGGAGGCAUGAUGGCUGAGAAACUAGAGGCCCUGAUCACUCAGGCAAGAACCAAGCAGGCAGCCACCAUGAGUGAGGUGGAGUGGCGAGGGCGGACGGUGCCCGUCAAGAUAGACAAGGCCCGCAUCUUCCUGUUGGGUCUGGCAGACAAUGAGGCCGCCAUCGCUCAGACGGCCAACGAGGAGACCAAAGAGCAUCUGUAUGAGACGCUGCUGGCCGAGUGCAGAGACACCAUCCAGGCUGUGAAAGAGGAACUCAAGAGUGAGGCGAAGCAGCGAGAGAGGAGCACUGAUGGUGACAGCAGCAAGGUGUCCAACCUGCAGUUCCUGCACAGCUACCUGACCUACAUCAAGCUGUGUACGUUGGUGAAGAGGAACGAGAGCAUGGCUCACACUCUGCAGGCUAAACUGAAGGAACCCGAAGUCGACGAGAGCAAGAGAGGGCCCCGUCCACAGGAUCUCAUCCGCCUCUACGACAUCAUCCUGCAGAGUCUGGCUGAGCUCUCCACCCUGCAGGGCCUUGAGGAUGACCACACCUUCCAGAAGGAGGUGUCCCUCAAGACACUGGUCUACAAGGCCUACAGGUGUUUCUUCAUAGCCCAGUCUUAUGUGCUGGUGAAGAAGUGGAGUGAGGCGCUGGUGCUGUAUGAGAGGGUGCUGAAAUACGCCAAGGAGGUCCAGUCUAAGGCCAAGGGCCUCAACAACAGCCUCAAGGAUCUUCCUGAUGUUCAGGAGCUCAUUGCUGAGGUCAGCGCUGAAAAAUACUCUCUUCAAGCUGCUGCUAUUUUAGACACUGAUGAGACGGCUGAAGUUCCCUCUCAGCAGCAGGUCAAAGACAACACGCCCCUCUGCAACCGCCUGGAGACCUUCCGCCUCGACCCGGCCCUCGUAGGAAAGCAGCCCAAUCUGGUCCAGUUCCCUCCCGACUUCCAGCCGAUCCCCUGCAAGCCGCUGUUCUUUGACCUUGCUCUCAACCACGUGGCCUUCCCACCCCUGGAUGACAAGGUGGAGCAGAAGGGCAAGGGCGGCCUCACCGGCUACAUCAAGGGCAUCUUUGGCUUCGGCAGCUAAAUCAAUCCUCCGGGCUUUGGUCCCCACAGGAGAGCCACGAGGUCCUGAGUUCACCGCAAACAACCAGACUUGGGUCAGAUGUUAAUUAGAAUAAUUUAAAUUGCUUUUAUGUUAGAUUUUUUUUUUUAGUGCCUAAGUGCAAGAUGGGUGGAGUUUGAGGAACGCAGAGUGUAAUCUACCAAGAAAGAUUAUAGAAAAGUAAUCGAAUCAAUUUCAAGUAGCAAUAUGACCCAAGUUCACCUGCCACCUUUAGUAAUAACAUCUGGCUGCACGGGCUCUGAGCAUCCCUCCUUAAUUUGAGCCAUGGAGGUGUCUGUGGCUUUCAGGUUUUACAGGUUACCAUGCCGUGGUCUAUAAGUACAGCCAAGUUGUCUAUUUCACAAUGCUGUCAGAGUAAACUAGCCACUUAGGCAUCAUUAGUAGUUGUUUUUUUUCAGUGUAACGUAAGCGCCUUUAUAUGUAAUUUUUUUUUCUUUAUGUAAGAGAUGUUUUCAGCAUCGUUUCUUAAUCAUAAAAUCUACAAAGUGCAGUUAUGGCAGCUACUUUGACGUAAAAACACAAAGUAGUACUCAUCACAUACCAUGAAUAUCCGGUGACAUGUAGUUCAACACACUGAAGUUGUUUUAUCAAUCAGCUUCUUCCGCUGCGUCCCAUUUCCUUCCCUCCACCUUUGCUCUGGUCUCUCUCUCUCUCUCUCUGUGCAUUAAGACGCUAAUUUGUUACUCAAACCUUCACCUCGUAUACUGACAAGUCAGUCUGGAAGAAUUUGGAUAAAGCUUUUUUAGUUUUAGGUGCAUCAACAGGAUGAUGAAAGACAACGCCAUGAAUCAAAAGUGUGAAAUGUUACUUUAAAAAAAAAAAAGUGCUGGAUUGUUCAGUGUUUUUAAUUUAUCAACUGGGUCAUACUGUAUAUGUUGUCCUGUAUGACGUGUGUUGUUAGAGAAGGGUCCAACUGCUUCAGCCCGUCUAGAUGGAAGCGCAAGCCGCAAUUUUUAACACCCCUCGGUGUCUCAUGUUUUCAAGGCACAAGGUUUCUACUAAAGGGCGUGCUGGGUGAUGACUGUAUGGUACCAGUUCAGCCCUUCAGACUGUAAUUCAUUCAUAUUAUGUUUUUUUAUUUUGAUAUUUGCAUUUCAGUAAAAUCAAUAUCGUAGGACAGCAGUCAACAUAAAGGACUGGAGGGAGUUGUUAGCAGCCUUUCAUUCAUCACACCACCACGCCUGUUUGUCCAUCAUGAGUAGGACUAAAAAUGUUUUCAUCACGAGUGACAUGUCUAUGGAUAUACUGUAACUAUAAAGACCUUUCAUCUCCUCUGAUCCUUAAGGGACCUGGUUAGCCUGUGAUACCUGGUUAAACACUAGCUGGAGGAUCACUUUGCUUUCUAAUUUUUAUCAAUGUCUUUGGUUUUAAUUUUUUGUUUCCCCCUUCAGUGUUUUAUGUUAAAGAAUUAAAGAUGGACGUGCCGGAGUAGUUCCAGCACUUUACCUCGAUUGGCCUGGAAAAAAAAAACUGUUGAGUCACGAUAAGUAAUUGUCGGAAACAUUAAGUGGAAAUGAGCUGAUGAGAAUGUAUGAUUUGAUUUAAUAUCCAGGCCUAUGAUUAAAUAUAUUUACACCAAA